AGGAGGAGGAGGCGGCGGCGGCGGCGGCGGCGGCUGCUGGGCGGCAGCGGAGGGCCAGAAACGAUGAGGCGAGUGGUACGGCAGAGCAAGUUCCGGCACGUCUUCGGCCAGGCGGUGAAAAAUGACCAGUGCUAUGACGACAUCCGGGUGUCCCGAGUCACGUGGGACAGUUCCUUCUGCGCGGUCAACCCCAAGUUCGUGGCCAUCAUCAUUGAAGCCAGCGGGGGAGGGGCCUUCCUGGUUCUGCCUUUGCACAAGACAGGCAGGAUCGACAAGUCCUACCCCACCGUCUGUGGCCACACCGGGCCAGUGCUGGACAUUGACUGGUGUCCUCACAACGACCAGGUGAUCGCCAGCGGCUCGGAGGACUGCACGGUGAUGGUCUGGCAGAUCCCAGAAAACGGCCUCACGCUGUCCCUGACGGAGCCUGUGGUCAUCCUGGAGGGCCACUCCAAGCGAGUGGGCAUCGUGGCCUGGCACCCCACCGCCCGCAACGUGCUGCUCAGCGCAGGCUGUGACAACGCCAUCAUCAUCUGGAACGUGGGCACCGGGGAGCCCCUCAUCAACCUGGACGACAUGCACCAGGACAUGAUCUACAACGUCAGCUGGAACCGCAACGGCAGCCUCAUCUGCACGGCCUCCAAGGACAAGAAAGUCCGUGUGAUCGACCCCCGGAAGCAGGAGAUUAUGGCGGAGAAAGAGAAGGCCCACGAAGGCGCCCGGCCGAUGCGAGCCAUCUUCCUCUCCGACGGCAGCGUUUUCACCACGGGGUUCAGCCGCAUGAGCGAAAGGCAGCUGGCCCUCUGGAACCCGAAAAACAUGGGUGAGCCCGUUGCCCUCCAUGAAAUGGACACCAGCAACGGCGUCCUGCUGCCCUUCUACGACCCGGACACCAACAUCCUUUACUUAUGCGGGAAGGGCGACAGCAGCAUCCGCUACUUCGAGGUCACGGAGGAGCCUCCCUACGUCCAUUACCUCAACACCUUCAGCAGCAAAGAGCCCCAGAGGGGGAUGGGCUUCAUGCCCAAGAGGGGCUUGGAUGUCAACAAGUGUGAGAUCGCCAGGUUCUUCAAGCUCCACGAGCGGAAGUGCGAGCCGAUUAUCAUGACCGUCCCCAGGAAGUCCGACCUCUUCCAAGAUGACCUCUACCCGGACACAGCUGGGCCCGAAGCCGCCCUGGAAGCCGAGGAGUGGUUCGAGGGGAAGAACGCUGACCCGCUCCUCAUCUCCCUGAAACACGGCUACAUCCCAGGGAAAAACCGGGACCUCAAGGUGGUCAGGAAGAACAUCCUGGACAACAAGCCGGCUGCCAACAAGAAGAGCGAUCUCAUCAGCACCCCAAAGAAUGCGCCGGACACCUCAAACCCCCAAAACGAAGCCAAAUUGGAAGAAAUCUUGAAAGAGCUCCGGUCGCUAAAAGACACAAUCGCGCACCAGGACGAGCGCAUUUCCAAACUAGAACAGCAGGUGGCGAAGAUGGCCGUCUGAGAGCCAGCUGGGGGGGAGGGGAGAGGGGGCUUCUGCGGCAGGGGGAGGAGGAAGCAGUUCGGACUGUGAGCCACCUGCAGGGCUAUGGAGAGGGAGGGGCCCAGCCAGCCGGCCCAGCCCAGCCCCGCCCCGUCGCGGCUGGUCAGCAGAAGUGCCCGGCAGGGCAGAGCCAAGUCCUUCCUAGCAAGCAGCCCCUCCGUGUGUCCUGACAUCUUCCUGGCCAGAGCAGACACUGCCGCCUCCUUCCUCACGCCUGUCCAUCAGCCGGAGGGUCAGCCAUUCCACGGGACCCGCAAGACGCCAGCCGGAAUCCCUGCGGAACUUCCUAGAAUCGGGGACCAAAAUUUCUUGGUUUCAAAACACACACACACACACACACAGACACACACACAUUUUUUUCCCUUUUACUUUUGAGUUGCCAAAAUCCAAAACUUUUUAUUGUUUUAAUUUUUUUUUCCUUUCUAGCAUUUUUACAGUAUUUUGUAAAAGGUUGUUGCGUAUUUGUGCCAUCUGAGCAACAAAUAAGUUGUGUAUGACUGUUUACUUUCGAGCACCCGGUGCAGCCGCAUCACUGCCGGUUCCGGAAGACCAAUUUUAAUGUUCCUGCCCUCCCGAUUUCUGGCUCCCCUGAAACUUGCGUGGAUUUGAGGGCGGGGAGGCGGCCUUGCUUUCGCACCCGCUGCCGUUCCAAGGGACUGAACCCCCCCACCCCCCACCCCACUUCCCCCAGAGCGUCUUCUCUCAAAGCCGGGGAGCCUUUAUGCCAACAUGGGUUGAGCUUUCGUUUAAUCUUAAUCAUUGUGUCAAACGUUGGCAUGCUGUGAUUGCUGAUUUCUGCCUCCAUGUUUCCUGCAGAUGUUUGUUCUAUUUAUCAUCCAGGUGUUACAAGGUUAUAAAAAAAAAAAACCGUGAUGAAUUUGGGACAUUAAGGACAAAUGCACUAAAUUUUGCAAGCUGUU